GCUGGAAAGAUCUCAUCAUGGAGGUCACCUUCAACAUCGUUGGUGGAAGAAUCCAGUGUCUAUGGUAGAGAUGAUGACAAGGAGGUAAUAAUCAAGUUGUUGCUGUCAAAUGAUGAAGGUCUCGGUAAGAUAGGCGUGAUUCCAAUAGUCGGCAUGGGCGGGAUUGGAAAAACCACUCUUGCCCAGCUAGUUUAUAAUGAUGAUGAAGUUAAGAAACAUUUUGAACUCAAGGCAUGGGUUUGUGUCUCUGAAGAAUUCGAUAUUUCUCGGGUCACAAAAACGGUGCUUCAAUCAGUGUCUCCAACUUCUUCUAAGGAUGUUACAGACCUAAAUUCCCUACAAGUGGAGUUGAAAGAGAAGUUAACGGGACGGAAGUUCUUGAUCGUUUUAGAUGAUGUUUGGAAUGAGAGUUAUGUUGAUUGGGAGGACUUGAGGAUUCCUUUCAAAGAUGGGGCUCAUGGAAGCAAGAUUAUCGUGACAACAAGAAGCAAAAAGGUUGCUUCUAUCAUGGGAACAGUUUCGAGCCAUAUUCUGUAGGAAUUAUCAAAUGAAGCUUGUUGGGAACUCUUUGCAAAGCAUGCUUCUGGAGCUGGAGACUUUACUGCCCGUCGGGAUCUAGAAAGAAGAAGUGGGUGAUGAGUACUUUAAUGAUUUAGUAUCUAGAUCAUUUUUUCAACCUGCAAGAGACGACAGCCGUUCCUUUUUUUGUAUGCAUGAUCUUAUCGUUGAUUUGGCUAAACAUGUAUCAAGAAGAUAUUGUUUUCUCCUAGAUGACAACACCUCAAAGGAAAUUGCGAUGAUCAA